GGUGUAUGUUUUAACUUCAGAAUGACGUACACUGUAGCGUAGAUUGAAAAUAAACAGUUGAGGUUAUAUAUCUACGAGAAUGUCUUAUAUAAAAUAUAUAAUCCCCGCAUGGAAAAAGUUCCGCCUGCUCAUGUGGAAGAACUGGAUGCUGCGAUGGCGGCAUCCCUUCCAGACCACCACCGAAGUACUGAUUCCCGUCUUUUACUGCAUCGUGCUGAUAUUUAUCCGCAGCCGUGUGGCCCCGAAGCUGUUCACCGAGCCGACAAUCUACGAGCCAUUCUCACCUGCCAACUAUUCUGGUACCAUUAUCGACUACAUGGAGAAGGUAUCCUCUCAAGGUGUCGUGGUAGCAUAUUCCCCUGCCAGUCCAGUUUUAGACAGAAUCAUGACAAAGGCAGUUCAACGCUUCCGUAAAAAAGGCACAGCAGUUCCAUUCUCGAGUGAGGCUGCUCUCCAUACCCAACUGACUGAACUGGGCGCCAUGUACAUCAUCAUAGCUGGAGUCGUAUUUGACGACUCGCUAGCGGGCACGACGGAACUGCCUCAACACAUUCAGUACAGAAUAAGAUUUCCUGGAGAGUCCAGAUCCGCUCGAUUUUCAAGUUCUUCUAGCAUGUACAACUGGAAGACCGACAGAUUGCUCCCGAUGUACCAAGAGGGCAUACAGAGAAUAAGAAAAGAUACCAACCAUGGGAAUAUCCCAGACUACCAUGCGGAGGGCUUCCUCACCCUGCAGCACUUUGUGUCUGCAAGCAUCAUCGAGCAGGUGUCGGGCAAUGCAUUGGUACCAUUGGUGCUGCUGCGCAUGUUCCCAUGGCCCCCAUACCUGAACGACCCCCUGUUCGAGGUCAUGAAGAAAUAUGUGUCCAUAAUGGUGUUGUUUAGCUUCAUGUAUUCCUGCACUUUCAUCGUCAAUGCUAUCACCAGCGAGAAGGAGAUGCAGCUCAAGGAGUUCAUGAAGAUCAUGGGACUUCCGAGCUGGCUGCACUGGACAGCGUGGUUCGUCAACUGCUUCCUGGUCCUGUUAACUGCGUAUUCCCGAAAGCUAGCAGUCUGGACUUGUAGCAGUUUCCACAGUGCAUCCGCCACUCAAAGCCCUUCGUCACCACAUCCGAACUUGGCUGUGUUGAUGGCCGCCCUCGGCUGGUUCCUGCUGUACGCACCAUACAUAUUCCUGGAGCCCAACUAUGGCUUGCUGGGGCUGGCCACCAAGCUCGCCUUUUUGCUGUGCUGCAACACCGCCAUGGCGCUCGGCUUCCUGUUCGUGCUCAUGUUCGAGGGCUCGGGUCGCGGCCUGCAGUGGGACUCCUUGUGGCAGCCGGCGACACAAGGCGACAGCGUGGUCUUCGGCCACGUCUUGAUAUUCCUCGUCGUCGACGCUAUCCUGUACCUGCUGAUAGCACUCUACGUGGAGGCCGUGUAUCCCGGGGUCUACGGGGUUCCCAAGCCAUGGAACUUCUUUCUUAAGAAGUCGUUCUGGUUCGGAGGCGAGGCAGCCACAGUGGAGCCGACUGGGGACAACCUGUGGAUCAGCAGCAGCUCUGACUUCGUGGAGACGGAGCCUGCCCUGCCCAUCGGCAUACAGACAAAGGAGUUGCGUAAGGUUUUCGGCAAGAAGGUGGUGGUGGACGGCCUCAGCCUGAACAUGUACGAGGGCCACAUCACGGUGCUGCUGGGCCACAACGGGGCGGGCAAGACCACCACCAUAGCCAUGCUGACCGGCAUGCUGCCCCCCUCGGGCGGCACGGCGACCGUGGGCGGCCGCGACGUGAGGACGCAGAUGGACGGGGUGCGCGCCAGCCUGGGGGUGUGCCCGCAGCACAACGUGCUCUUCAACGACCUCACCGUCGCCGAGCACUUGUACUUCUUCGGCAAGCUGAAGGGGAUGGAGACUCGGGAGAUCCAAGCGGAGACCCAGCGGUACUUGAGCGUGUUGGAGCUGCUGCCGAAGCAGAACGCGCAGGCCCGCAGCCUGUCCGGGGGGAUGAAGAGGAAGCUGUGUGCCGCCAUCGCCCUGUGCGGCCGCUCCAAGGUGGUGGUGAUAGACGAGCCGACCUCGGGCAUGGACCCCGCCGCGCGCCGCAAGCUCUGGGACCUGCUGCGGCAGGAGCGCCACGGACGCACCAUCCUCCUCACCACGCACUUCAUGGACGAGGCAGACUUCCUGGGCGACCGCAUCGCCAUCAUGGCCUCCGGCCGGCUCAAGUGCUGCGGCUCCCCCUUCUUCCUCAAGAAGAAGUACGGCGUGGGCUACAAGCUGGUGAUGGUGAAGAGGCCCGAGUGCCGUGUGGAGGAGGUGACACGGCUGCUGCGCGGACACAUCUCGUCGCUGGAGGUGAGCCAGGACGUGGGCGCGGAGCUGUCGUACCAACUGGAGGAGGGCAGUUCUGCUCUCUUCGAGCCGAUGCUCCGGGAGCUGGAGGACGCCAGGGACCGACUGGGCAUCGACAGCUUCGGCAUGGCGCUCACCAGCAUGGAGGAGGUCUUCAUCAGGGUUGGACGAGACGAGGAGCUGUCCCUCCGGAAACGACCAUCCGAGUCUGUCGGCUUGCCUGCGGAGCAGAACUUCCUCCGUGGCGACAACAAUGGCACAAGCAGCUACAGGGACUCGACCUUGGCCAUUGACGACGUGAGGGUGGGGGCGUAUCUGACCGGCCGCCGGCUGGUGCUGAACCAAAUCCACGCCAUGUCGGUAAAGCACGUGCUGCACACAGUGCGCUCCUGGGUCAUGUACGUCGCACACUUGCUCAUGCCUGUACUCUUCCUGAUGACCGGCUUCCUCCUCAGCAGCGAAAUCUCCAGCACCUCCGAACUGCCCGCCCUGGUGCUCAGCCUGGGGUCGUACAGCACUCCCAUCACACCGGUCGAAGUGGCCUCCGGCGAAGACUCGGCCAAGCGUCUCUACGAGCAGUUCAAGGCCUUGCGUCCUCCGGGGCUGGUGGACCUGGGCAGCCACUCCGAGUCCACCAUGAGCACUUACGUCUUGGAGCAGGCUGUAAACGACAUUACUUCCUACACCCAGAACUUCAUUGUCGGGGCAACUUUCAGCACCGACAGUGCAAGCUCUGCGCCUGAAGCCACCGGCUGGUUCAGCAACCAGCCGUUCCAUGCCGCCCCGGUCGCGCUCAACCUGAUUCACAACUCCAUUCUCCGGAGCACGCCUGCGGGCUCGGGACGCUCCAUCAGCGUCGUCAACCACCCUGUGCCGUACUCCGCAGUUACCGAGGUUCGCAUGCAGAUGUCAGGCAACAUGCUGGGCUUCCAAGUGGCGUACAACUUGGUGUUAGGCAUGGCCUCGGUGUCGGCGUUCUUCGUGCUGUUCUACGUCAAGGAGAGGGUGAGCAGGGCCAAGCUGCUGCAGUUCGUGUCCGGGGUGGACGUGCUCACCUUCUGGGGCACGGCAUUCCUCUGGGACCUCCUCAAGUUCUUCGUCAUCGCCCUGGCCAUCGUCGUGACGCUGGCGUGCUUCCAAAAGGACGGGUUCAGCGAGGUGGAUCAGCUAGGUCGGAUACUGCUGAUGCUGAUGCUGUUCUGCUGCGCGAUGCUGCCCACAGUGUACCUCAUGUCCUUCCUGUUCAGCGUCCCGGCCACGGGCUACACCUGGAUCAGCAUGUUCUACUGGAUCACAGGUAUGACUGGCUUGUUGCUGGUGACAGCGUUUCCAAACCUGGGGCUGGACUGGGUGUUCGUCGUCCUGUUCCCGCUCUACUCGCUGGGCAGCAGCGUCAACCACAUGCACAACAACGCCAUGCUCCUCGAGACCUGCGCUCCGUUCAGGCCCUUCUGCUCGGAGCAGCACCCCAACUCGUGCUGCAUAGAUCCCAGAUUUUGCCCUAAUAGAACAUGCAUAAAGAUGACGGAAAACUACUUUGAGUGGGAGACUCCUGGCGUUGGGCGAAAUGUUGUGUUCUUCAUCAUGAGUGCGAUUGUCUUCAGUACAAUCCUGCUGCUCAUAGAGCUCAAUAUUGUUGGCUCUGUUUGGUACAGCUUGAGGGAACGCACGUCUAAUAAGCCAAAAGUCAUGGUUCAAGAUUACGAACCGGACUCGGACGUGGUUGUAGAAAACUUCAAUGUGCGCUCUGCCAACCCAUAUGAGCUCAAGAAUACCUUUGACGUAGUGCUCAUAGACCUGACCAAGUUCUACGGUAGUUUGCGAGCCGUGAACGAGCUGUGCAUGAGGGUGCGGAAGGGAGAGUGCUUCGGUCUCCUGGGGGUCAACGGGGCCGGCAAAACCUCGACAUUCAAGAUGAUGACAGGGGAUGAGAGGAUAUCCAGUGGAGAGGCUUACAUUGGUGGCUUCAGUCUGAAGAACCAAUUGAAGCAGGUGCACCGGCGCAUCGGCUACUGCCCCCAGUCCAACGCGCUGAUGGAGAGCCUGACGGGCCGGGAGACCCUGUGGCUGUUCUGCAUGCUGCGGGGGGUCCCCGGGCGGGACGUGCCCGCAGUGGUGGACCGGCUGGCGGGACGGUUGCUCCUCCGCGAGCACCUCGACAAGAAGGUGAAGGAGUACAGCGGCGGGAACAAGAGGAAGCUGAGCACGGCGGUGGCCCUGUUGGGAGACCCGCCCGUGCUGAUCCUGGACGAGCCCACGACGGGCAUGGAUGUGGUGGCCAAGCGACACUUCUGGGACGUGAUCUGCCGGGCGCGCGACAGCGGCAAGUGCGUCGUGCUCACGUCCCACAGCAUGGAGGAGUGCGAGGCGCUGUGCACGAGGAUAGCCAUCAUGGUGAACGGGCAGUUCCGCUGCAUCGGACCGACCCAGCACCUCAAGAACAAGUUCGCUGAAGGGUACACUCUCACCGUGAAGACCUCCGACUCAGGCCUCGACACCCGACCCGUCAAGGAGUUUGUCGCUAGCUCAUUUGAAGGCGCAUCACUGAGGGAAGAGCAAGGUAAUCUCCUCACGUUCUACAUCCCUCCGAACAGCGGCCUGAAGUGGUCGCGAAUGUUUGGGGUCAUGGAGCGGGCCAAGGCCUCGCUGCACAUCAGCGGCUACUCGCUGGGGCAGACCAGCCUCGAGCAGGUCUUCCUGAUAUUCUCGAAACAGCAGGGGUCACCAAUGCAGGAACGCCCUCAGACAACAGUAAUACCACCAUCUCAAAUUACAAGCACUGAUCCGGUACCACCAUCUCCGAUACAAAUUCCAGAUACGCCGAUAUCACCACUAGAAACCCCGAUAUCACCACCAGAAACCCCGAUAUCACCACCAGAAACCCCGAUAUCACCACCAGAAACCCCGAUAUCACCACCAGAAACCCCGAUAUCACCACCAGAAACCCCGAUAUCACCACCAGAAACCCAAACACCCUCACCAAUCAGCAGAUACCACCACCGAUACUACCACUAAUCUCCAACUUUUUAAAUUACUAGCAAUCAUAUGUAAAUAAAUAAUUUAAAUAAAUUUUUGUAAAAACUGUU